CCCUGCGCUCCAGCGACUCCCGUCGCUCCACCCCCGGCACCGGGACUGCGGACUCGUUGACCCUGUUCUAGGGCCUGUCCCACCGGAGCAGCCCGGGACUGCGCAGCGCCCCGCGUGCCGGCCUUCCAGUAGGAUGCAAUUUACACCCCUGCUGUGUUGACUGAGAUUCCAGAAAAGGUGACCGAGACCUUGCUACUGAGGCUAGUUCAUCUAAUCCCAGUUCAUCCAAUGUUCCUCAUAGACCCCGAAUUCACAGUGUUUGGAGACAGUGAUGUUAAAUCACUUCUGAACCACCUGUGGCUGGCAAGUGUUGGUUUGAAUCAGAUUUAAUGUCAUUGAGCCAAAUUAAGACAUGGGAAAGUCUCUUUCUCAUUUGCCUUUGCAUUCAAAUAAAGAAGAUGCUUAUGAUGGAAUCACAUCAACUGAAAAUAUGAGGAAUGGAUUGGUUAAUAAUGAAGUCCAUAAUGAAGAUGGAAGAAAUGGAGAUGUCUCUCAGUUUCCUUAUGUGGAAUUUACAGGAAGAGAUAGUGUCACUUGCCCCACUUGUCAAGGAACAGGAAGAAUUCCUAGGGGGCAAGAAAAUCAACUGGUGGCAUUGAUUCCAUAUAGUGAUCAGAGAUUAAGGCCAAGAAGAACAAAGCUGUAUGUGAUGGCUUCUGUGUCUGUCUGUCUGCUCCUUUCCGGAUUGGCUGUGUUUUUCCUUUUCCCUCGCUCUAUUGAUGUGAAAUACAUUGGUGUAAAAUCAGCAUAUGUCAGUUAUGAUGUUCAGAAGCGUACAAUAUAUUUAAAUAUCACGAACACUCUAAAUAUAACGAACAAUAACUAUUAUUCUGUUGAAGUUGAAAACAUCACUGCUCAAGUUCAGUUUUCAAAAACUGUUAUUGGAAAGGCACGCCUAAACAACAUAACCAAUAUUGGUCCACUUGACAUGAAACAAAUUGAUUACAUGGUACCUACUAUUAUAGCAGAGGAAAUGAGUUAUAUGUAUGAUUUCUGUACACUGGCAUCCAUCAAAGUGCAUAACAUAGUACUCAUGAUGCAAGUUACUGUGACAACAACAUACUUUGGCCAUUCUGAACAGACAUCUCAGGAGAGGUACCAGUAUGUUGACUGUGGAAGGAACACAACUUAUCAGUUGGGGCAGUCUGAAUAUCUAAACGUACUUCAGCCACAUCAAUAAAAACUGCAAAAGAUGCAUUAGAGAAAAAGUAUCAGUUGAUAUUUUCCAAACUCUCAAAGAGGAGGUAUUUCCUAAGAGGAGAUCUUAAAUUGAACAAACUUGAAGUUUACACUUCUAUUUCAAGAGUAUGGUUAAAAAUAUAUGGACUUGCAAUUAUUGUAACUCUCCACUCUGUGUUAAUGAUAUAUUUGUACCAGGAUCUUUUACUUAAAUCUAAAUUUACCGAUUGAUUUUUUUCUUCCUGUUUCCAAAGGGAAAAAUUGAGACUUCCCCAAUGGUAGAAUAAAUAAUUAUUUAGAAGUCAUAGCUCCAAUCACUGCUGAAAACAUAAUUUUGGUGAAGAACAUAAUUUGAGAAACUUAAUUUCUGAAUAUUUUUAUAGAAAAUUACUGAGAACCUAUGAUUCUUGGAAGACUUAAAAAAAAAAACCUUUUUGCCCUAUUUUAUAAAUUCCCAUUGUUACAUGGUAGUAUUU